UCAGUCAUCUAAAUGUUGAACGCUGAAGAUUUGUUAAUUCUUGUUUUAUGUUUUAAUUUUUAAAUUUCUUGUAUUAUUAAAAAUAUGUGCGAAAUCAAUAAAGAUAUAACAUUUAAUUCAAGAUAUCUAUUUGACUAAUUUAUAGGUUUUUACAAACGUUACCGUGGAUACUCCCACAUACCUUAAUAUGUUGGCGGCAAAAGUGACCACAGAAACCGAAGACCAGAAUAGAAUAAGGUUUCAGGUGGAACUGGAAUUUGUGCAAUGCUUGGCAAAUCCAAACUACAUACAUUUUUUAGCCCAAAGAGGUUAUUUGAAGGAGCAGACAUUUAUCAACUAUCUUAAAUACCUACAAUACUGGAGGGAGCCAGAAUAUGCCAGAUAUCUGAAGUAUCCAAUGUGCUUGCACUUCCUAGAGCUGCUACAACAUGAGGCGUUUAGGAGGGAAUGUGUAUCUGCUCAGGUGUGCAAAUUUAUGGAUGACCAAGCAAUAUUAUUAUGGCAACACUACACAAGAAGACGUACACGAACAUUGCAACCUCCUGACGCACCAUCUGCUCCAAACAUACCCACAAACAAUCAGCAUGGUGUCUCAAGACAGCAGUGAUAACUGAGGUGUUGCUCUGCUGCUUGUAAAAUGGAUCUUAUUGCAUAGCUUUAAGGCUGAAAUUUAUAGAGAGUACUUAGACCUUGCUCAGACUACUUACGUAAAACUUCGCCGAGUGUAAGUGUAGCGUUAUCUGUGAUUUCGUAUUUAUAGUCAUUUAACAGCUGAAAUUAUGCUGAGCUUAAGAUAUUAUUAAAACAGUGAAAUUACGAAUUCAAGGUUUUUGUUUAUCAAACUCAGCUAAGUUUUACGUAAGUAAAGUCUAAGUAAGCUCUAAAGAUUACUCAUACACUCCUAUAGAUAUCUCAGCCGUAGGCUUAUACCGAGACAUUAACCACGCGGGGUUUUUACUUUUCAUUGCCGUAAUGAAUAGAGCAGUUUCGUUUUGUGACAUCCCAGUUAAGUUUGUGUCUCAUUGGAAGUUAUAUAUAAUACAUAUCCGAAAUAUUCUUCAUUUUAUAUUAGGUUAGACCUCUAUUUUAUGAAUUUUGCCUCAGUAAGCAAUAUCGCAUUGACAGUAUGACGCGAGAUCUCGAAACAUCAUCAUAGGGCUGUUUUGUAAUGUAAAAUAAUAGCAAACAAGAAUGUGUCUUCACAUGUAAGUACAAUUUCAACAUAUUAGGAGCUAUAUUUUCAUAAAAUAAUGUUAACAAUAUAUAAAUUCGUCAUUUUAAAAAGUGCUCAUUGUACAUGAAAAUGGAUCAAAGAUAAGCUGUAUAGUUCGACGGACAGAUUGCCGUUGGGGCAGCAAAGUCCUCGUGACCACGUACCAGAAGACGCAGUGUUGGCAGGUUUUCCACAAGAUGGACCGACGAUCUGGUAAAGAUCGCCGGUCUUGGUUGGAUGAGGGCAGCUCAGAACCUAUCAUCGUGGAGAUCUUUGGGGGAGGCCUUUGUCCAGAAGUGGGCGUAUUCAUCGACGUAUCAUUUUUAUUUGUAGUCCGCUUCAACCCGCGAAUAUUGGUCGAUCGUGAUUUCAAUACAUUCUUCUUGGGUUUCGUUCCAAUAUUUAAUUCGUCCAUGGGCUGUUUUUGAGCCACAUACAUGUUUUUUUUAAAUUAAGUCUUGGGUUCUAGAUAAUAUAUUUUUGUCUGAUUUGUAAAUUAUGUACUACCCUCAACUAUAGAUAAAGAUGUUUACGGGUAAUAUCCGUUACACGACGUCUACUGUGCGCUAAUUCUGGGGCGGUGGCUAAGCUUACCAUCGUAACUUCUCACGGGAUCGGCCAUAUACCAGCCUACCGGCCAAAUCCCCUCGGUAACCCGAGGAGAUCAACUAUUGUUAUAAAAUAUAGGUAAGGUAGAUCAAUAAAAGUAAGUUUGCUA